AUGAAUUAUUUUCUAGCUCAAGUUCGAGAAAAAUUUGAACAUGAGAUAUUUUGUAAUGUAAAUCUGUUGGAGUUAAAAUGGUAUUUUGAAAAAGAAGAUAAUGAAUUUGUCAGAUUUAUACUAGAAAGAAUUCAACCUGAUUUAGUCAUCAUUAUUUAUCCUGAAAGCUUUGAACAACUGGAAGAUAGAAAAUUAAUUAAGCAACAAUUUGAAUACAUACUACAAAAGUAUUUCAAUACACCACAGACGCGUUCAGUAAUUGGCGUCACUGAGUUUAAAAUUCAAGUGCAUGUGAAUGAAGAAGAUGUAGACAAUGCUAUAAUGGAAUGGAGAAGUAAUACUGUACCAGUUAUGUAUCGUCUGGAAGAUUCAGGUGAGUAUUAUCUUUAA